UUUAGUUGUCGUUGGUAGAUUCACGUGAGUUAUUUGGCCACGUGUGGGUAUUCGACAGUCUGGAGAAAAAAACAUCGAUGGAAAAAAGAAAGCAAGCUGUGUGACACCGUGACCAAAAGCGAUGGGUUUAAUGUUCUAAAACUACCGCCGAUGAGCAGCUCCUGCUGCCUUAAUUCAUAUUCAUGAGCACCACGACGUUGCCCAUACUGGCUCACUGACUAGACGAAGUCGAAGGAGGAGCUGGGGGGAAUGAGCCACCUUUGAGGGGAAGGAGGGGCCCGGACCACGGCGGGUUCCCACGUAACCUUGUCUAUUUUAUACGUGCGCGCGCGUGUGUGUAAGCGUGUGUGUGUAAGCGUGUGGAUGUAUGCCUCGUAGUCAGUGAAUCGUCGCGUGGAGACAUUUCCGCCCACAGUAAAGAUGGCGGCUCCAUGGCUGGAGAAUCUAUCGGAGUCUUUGGGUUCUUCUGAGCCUGCUGUUCGGUUAAUAUUGUCCAUUUUAGUUGGAUAUCCAUUUGCCUUGAUCUACCGGCGUUACUUGUUCCACCAGCCCGCCACCGUUAUCCACUUGUUCCACACCUUCUCUGGAUUGGCCCUCGCCACGUUUAACUUUGGAUCCCAGAUCUAUCACUCAGCAAUAUGCAUCCUUGUCCAGUUCCUGAUGCUGAGGCUCAUGGGAAGGACGGUAACGACCAUCCUGGGCAGCUUCAGCUUUCAAAUGUUAUACCUGCUGGCAGGCUAUUACUACACAGAAACAGGGGAGUACGACAUCAAGUGGACGAUGCCUCACUGCGUCCUCACGCUCAAACUCAUUGGUUUGGCAUUUGAUUACUAUGACGGCGGGAAAGAACCAGGAGAGCUGAGCGGAGAGCAGAAGAGCUCUGCCCUGCCAUGCGUUCCCUCGCUGCUGGAGGUGCUCGGCUUCUCCUACUUCUACGGAGGCUUCCUGGUGGGCCCGCAGUUCACGCUGCACAGCUACCAGAAGCUGGUGGCAGGGGAGCUCAGCGAUUGCCCGGGAAAGCCUCCAAACAGCGUGGUACCAGCUGUGAAGAGAUUCUCUCUGGGUUUUCUCUUUCUGGUUAUAUUUGCAAUAUUCAGUCCUCAUUACCAAGAGAGCUACUACCUGACAGAUGAGUAUGACGCUCGUCCAUUCUGGUUUCGCUGCAUCUUCAUUCUGAUUUGGGCUAAAAUCAUACUGUAUAAAUAUGUCUGCUGCUGGCUCAUAGCUGAGGGCGUUUGCAUCUUGACUGGGCUGGGCUAUAACGGCCUGAGGGACGGUGAGCCCCAGUGGGAUGCUUGCGCCAACAUGAAGGUGUGGCUCUUCGAGACCACGCCGCUCUUCGGGGGGACCAUCGCCUCCUUUAACAUCAACACCAACGCUUGGGCUGCCAGGCAAGUGUUUAAGCGGCUGAAGUUUUUAGGCAACAAGACACUCUCCCAUAUGUCCACUCUCCUCUUCUUGACCAUAUGGCACGGUCUUCACUCCGGAUACAUCAUGUGCUUCUCCAUGGAAUUCUUCAUCAUCACUGUGGAGCGACAGUAUCAGUCGCUGGUGCGUGACAGUCCAGUGCUGACUAAUUUGACCGACGGUCCCCUUUACCCGCUCAUCUACGUCAUCCAGCAGGUCAUACACUGGCUCUUCAUGGGCUACGCGCUGGUGCCCUUCUGCAUCUUCACCUAUGACAAAUGGCUGAAGGUUUACUUUUCGGUGUACUUUUGUGGUCACGUCUUCUUCCUCGUAGCCUUUUUAAUGGUGCCGUACCUGCGGAAGGCGCUGGUGCCAAAGAAGGAACGCAGCCCACACAAGCAGGAUUAAAAACCCGCUACCCAAAGACGGCUCGGUCAAAAUAUCCACUGAAGGGACCAGUAACUUUCAAAAGGAGCGGAAAGGAAAAUAUUUUAAGGCCUUUAGUAUAUAUAUAUAUAAUAUCUACAUUUGUCCAUGUGAAAAUAAAUCUAUAUAUAUUUUUGUGUAAAAAGUAAGGAGGCUUUUAUAAACAUUUUUGAAGAAAUGUUUACAGGAAACAACCAUUGUGCCACACUGGUUAACUUGGGGUGCCCGUCAGCAGUGACUUCCUGUAUGUUUUGUUUGUUUGUUUUUUAAUCCUCGACGAGACACACCAUUUGCACUCAGCAGUCACGGGUCCGGAGCCUGUUGUUGGCCCCUAAUAUUAUUACUUUUUUUUUUUUUUUUUUUUUUUUAUAUUCUUAAUUUCUCCAUCUCCAAAUAACAACAGCAGCACUAAAGCUUCACUUGAGGUGGAAGCUCGGUGUCAAUACACUUUUGAAAUGGAACGAUACAACCACAACUGCUGCACGCUUGGAAGAACAACAGUUGAAUUGAUGGGUGUUGGUUUGUGAGAUCAACACAAAAGCAAUGUAACAAACACACACGGUAUGUCACAAAAGUGAGAACACCACUCACAUUUUUGUAAAUAUUUUAUUAUAUCGCUUCACGGGACAACACUGAAGAAAUCACACGUUGCUACAAUGUAAAGUAGUCGGUGUACAGCUUGUAAAAACUUAAACAUUUGCUGUUCACACAAAAAUACUCAUCACACUUGAUGGUGGUCUCACUUUUGUUGCCAGAGGUUUAGACAUUAAUGCCUGUGUGUUGUUAUUUUGAAGGGACAGUCGAAAUUUCCUGUCCCCUCAGAAUAACUAAAAAAUACUGUUAUCUAUUUACUGUGCCCUCAAAAUCACUCAACAAAGCCAUUAUUUUCUAAACCGCUGGCAACAAACGUGACUACACCUUUCAGUGAAAAUCUCCAAAGUGUAACUACAUUGUACUAACCCCAAUUCCAAUUAAGUUGCGGUGUUCUGCAAAACGUAAAUAAAACCAGAAGACAACGUUUUGCAAAUCCUUCUCAACGUAUAUUCAGUUUCUUCUUCUUUUCCUUUCGGCUUGUCCCUUUAGGGGUCGCCACAGUGCGUCAUCCUUUUCCAUGUAAGCCUAUCUCCUGCAUCCUCCUCUCGAACACCAACUGCCCUCAUGUCUUCCCUCACGACAUCCAUCAACCUCUUUGGUCUUCCUCAAGCUCUCUUGACUGGCAGCUCCAUCCUCAUCACCCUUCUACCAAUAUACUCACUGUCUCUCCUCUGGAUGUGUCUAAACCAUCGAAGUCUGCUCUCUCUAACUUUGUCUCCAAAACAUCUAACCUUGGCUGUCCUUUGCUGAUGAGCUCAUUUCUAAUUUUAUCCAACCUGGUCACUCCUAGAGCGAACCUCAGCAUCUUCAUUUCCGCCACCUCCAGGUCUCCUUCCUGUUGUCUCUUCAGUACCACUGUCUUUAAUCUGUACAUCAUGGCUGGCCUCACCACUGUUUUAUAAACUUUGCGCUUCAUCCUAGUAGAGACUCUUCCGGCACAUAACACACCUGACACCUUCCUCCACCUGUUCCAACCUGCUUGGACCCGUUUCUUCACUUCCUGACCACACGCACCAUUGCUCUGGACGGUUGACCCAAAGUAUUUAAAAUCCUCCACCCUUGCUAUCUCUUCUCCCUGUAGCUUCACUCUUCCCCCUCCACCCCUCUCAUUCAUGCACAUAUAUUCUGUUUUACUUCGGCUACUCUUAAUUCCUCUGCUUUCCAGUGCAUGCCUCCAUCUUUCUAGCUGUUCCUCCACCUGCUCCCUGCUUUCACUGCAGAUCACAAUGUCAUCUGCAAACAUCAUGGUCCACGAGGAUUCCAGUCUAACCUCAUCUGUCAGCCUAUCCAUCACCACUGCAAACAGGGAGGGGCUCAGGGCUGAUCCCUGAUGCAGUCCCACCUCCACCUUAAAUUCAUCUGUCACACCUACAGCACAGCACACCUCACCGCUGUUCUGCUGCCCUCGUACAUGUCCUGUAUUAUUCUAACAUACUCCUCUGCCACUCCAGACUUCUGCAUGCAGUACCACAGUUCCUCUCUGGGUACUCUGUCAUAGGCUUUCUCUAGAUCUACAAAGACACAAUUUAGCUCCUUCAGACCUUCUCUGUACUUUUUCCAUCAACAUCCUCAAGGCAAAUAAUGCAUCUGUGGUACUCUUUCUAGGUAUGAAACCAUACUGUUGCCACAGCUCUGCACAUCACCCUUGUUCUUAAAAAUGGGCACCAGCACAGUUUUCCUCCAUUCCUCAGCCAUCUACUCACGCGCUAGAAUUCUAUUGAACAAGCUGGUCAAAAACUCCACAGCCACCUCUCCUAGAUGCUUCCAUACCUCCACAGGAAUGUCAUCAGGACCAACUGCCUUUCCAUUUUUCAUCCUCUUUAAUGCCUUUCAAUCAUAAUUGCCACUUGCCAUUUUCUACUCUCCCUUCUCUCUCAUUUUCCUCAUUCAUUAACUCCUCGAAGUAUUCUUUCCAUCUAGCUAGCACACUGCUGGCACCAGUCAACAUAUUUCCAUCUCUAUCCUUAAUCACCCUAACCUGCUGCACAUCCUUCCCAUCUCUAUCCCUCUGUCUGGCCAACCUGUAUAGAUCCUUUUCUCCUUCUUUAGUGCCAAUCCUCCCAUACAUGUCAUCAUAUGCCUCUUGUUUGGCCUUUGCCACCUCUACCUUUGCCCUGUGUCGCAUCUCAAAUGUAUUCCUUUCUCCUCUCUUCGGUCCUCUCAGUGUCCCACUUCUUCUUAGCUAACCUUUUUCCUUGUAUAAUUUCCUGUACUAUGGGGUUCCACCACCAAGUCUCCUUCUUUCCUUUCCUGCCAGAAGAUACACCAAGUACUCUCCUGCCUGCCUCUCUGAUCACCUUGGCUGCAGUGGUCCAGUCUUCUGGAACCUCCUCCCGUCCCCCGAGAGCCUGUCUCACCUCUUCCCGAAAAGCUGCACAACACUCGUCCUGUCUCAGCUUCCACCACAAGGUUCUCUGCCCUGCCUUUGUCUUCGUAAUUUUCCUCCCUACCACCAGAGUCAUUUUACACACCACCAUCCUAUGCUGUCUAGCCACACUCUCCCCUACCAAAACCUUACAGUCGGUAACCUCCUUCAGAUUAUAUCGUCUGCACAAGAUGUAAUCCACCUGCGUGCUUCUUGUAGGUCACCCUAUGUUCGUGCCUCUUCUCGAAAAAAAUUUGCACUACAGCCAUUUGCAUCCCUGUUGCAAAGUCUACCACCAUCUGUCCCUCCAAGUUCCUUUCCUGGAUGCCGCACUUACCCAUCACUUCUUCACCCCUAUUUCCUUCACCAACAUGUCCAUUACAAUCUGCACCAAUUACAACUCUCUCUCUGUCUGGGAUGCUCAGAACUACUUCGUCUAGCUCCUUCCAGAAUUUCUCUUUCACCUCUAGGUCACAUCCUACCUCUGGGGCAUAGCCACUAAUCACAUUACACAUAACACCCUCAAUUUCAAGUUUCAGCCUCAUCACUUGAUCUGAUACUCUUUUCACCUCCAAGACAUUCUUAGACAACUCUUCUUUUAAAAUAACCCCGACUCCAUUUCUCUUCCCAUCUACACCAAGUUAAAAUAAUUUAAACCCUGCCCCUAAACUUCUAGCCUUACUGCCUUACAAUAUAUCAACCUUUCUCCUAAUCAUCAUGUCAACCAACUCCUGAGAUUUUCCUGUCAUAGUCCCAACAUUCAAAGUCCCCACAUUCAGUUCUAGGCUCUGUGCUUUCCUCUUCUUUCUGCCGAAGAACCCGCUUUCCACCUCUUCUUCUUCGACUUUGACUUCGACCCACAGUAGCUGAAUUUCCAACGGCGCCCUGCGGGUUGACUGCGCCGGUGGCGGACGUUGUUAACCCGGGUCACGACCAAUCCGAUAUGGAAUUCUUUGGAUGAACGCUCAUAUUUGCUUGGCAAAGUUUUAAGCCGGAUGCCCUUCCUGACGCAACCCUCUGCAUUUAUCCGGGCUUGGGACCGGCCUACAGUUUGCACUGGCUUGUACCCCCCAUAGGGCUACAUUCUCACAGACACACACACACACACACACACACACACACACACACACACACACAUAUAUAUAUAUAUAUAUAUAUAUAUAUAUAUAUAUAUAUAUACACACACACACACACACACACACACACACAAGAUAUUUCAUUUUAAAACUGAAAAACUUAUUCACUAAUUUUGGGUUUUAUGUUUGCAACAUGUUCCAAAAACAUAGGGGCAUGUUUUCGUCUGUUACGUCACCUUUCCUUUAAACAACAUUCAAUAAGUGUUUGGCAACUGAGGACACAAAUUGUUGAAGCUUUGUCGAUGGGUUUUGUUUCCCCAUUCUUGCUUGAUGUCCAACUUCAGUUGGUCAACAGUCUGGGUUCUCUGUUGUCUUUUUUUGCACUUUAUAAUGCGCCACACAUUUUCAGUAGGAGACAGGUUUGGACUGCUGGCAGGUCAGUCCAAUAAUCGGGAGUCUUUUAUCACGAAGUCACUCUUGUAAUGGGUGCAGAAUGUGGCUAGGCACUGUCUUGCUGAAAUAAGCAGGGACGUCCCUGAAAAAGAUGUUGCUUGAAUGGCAGUAUAUGCAUGUACCCUUCAGCAUUAAUGGUCCCUUCACAGAUGUGCAAGUGAUCCAUGCCAUGGACACUAACACAACCCCAUAACAGAUGCUGAUAAAAAUACAGAUGGUCCUUUUGCUCUUUAUCACAGAGGACACAACAGCCAUGAUUUCCAAAAACAAUUUGAAAUAUGGACUCUGCAGACCACAGCACACAUCUCAGAAGAGCUUGGACCCAGUGUCCGGCGGCGUUUCUAGUUUGUUGAUACGUGGCUUUCGCUUUGCAUGGUAGAGUUUUAACUUGCAUUUGUAGAUGUAGCAACAAACUGUGUUAACUGCCAAUGGUUUUCUGAGUUGUUGCUGAGACCACGUGGAAAUAUCUUUUAUACAAUUGUGCCAGUUUUUAAUGCGGUGCCGUCUGAGGGAUCGAAAGUCACGAGCAUUCAAUGCUGGUUUUCAGCCUUGCCACUUGCAGAGAUUCUUUGAAUCUUUUGAUUAUUACUGUAUGGACCGUAGAUGACGAAAUCCCUAAAUUCCUUGAAAUUGUACAUUGAGAAACGUUCUUAAACUGUUGGACAAUUUGCUCAUGCAGUUGCCCCGUCCUUGCUUGUGACCAACUUAGCCUUUUGGGGAUGCUCCUUCUAUACCCAAUAAUGAUACUUACUGUACCCGUUUCCAAAUAACCUGUGGAAUGUUCCAAACAGGUGUUUUUUUUUUUUUUUUUUAGCAUUCCUCAACUUUCCCAGUCUUUUGUGGCCCCGUCCCAGCCUUUUGGGAAUGUGUUACAGGGAUCAAAUUCAAAAUAAGAGAAUAUUUGCAACAACAAAAAAACAACUAACAUUCAUCAGUGUGAACAUUAAAUAUCUUGUCUUUGUAGUGUUUUCAGUUGAAUAUAGGUUGAAAAGAAUGUGCAAAUCAAUGUAUUCUGUUUUUAUUUACGUUUUCCACAAUGUCCCAACUUCACUGGAAUUGGGGUUUGUAGCAGUGUGUCAUUUCUUCAGUGUUGUCCAGUGAAUGAAAAGAUAUGUGAAUAUGAAAAAUGUGACGGUUGUCCUCACUUUUUGUGAUAUACUAUACAUACACAACCGACUCAACAUUGCCUUGUGUUCAUGAAUGUUUUUGCGGUAAUUUGCUUGUGAUUAGUGUUUGGGGGGGCUUGAUUUUGUAGAUGCUCAAUGGAAAUGUUUUGUAGUUGGUAAUAAGAAAAAUCACUCCUGCCUCCCAUCCAUGGAUGUUCUUUCUUUUAUUUUAUUGUUGCCACUCCCUUUUAGUUGUGUGUGUGUGUUUUUGUUGUUGUUGUAAACAAAGUCUCGUACUUUUUGGGGGAAUACUCUUCUCGUUGUGCAGCAACCGGCCGAAGAACAUUGUGUGCUUCACCUCUGCGGUCUCCACUGGUGCUGGCCGAGCACAUGAUGCACCUCAUCAUCCCACCCUGCAGGGACUACCUGUAGCAACUGCCUGUCGAUUUUUUUUUUUACACAACACCAUGACUAUGAUUAAUGGCUAUUUCAAGGGGUUUCUUUUUAUUUUAUGCCUUAUUCCAACCAAAUGUACAAAUCUACAAAAAUGAGCGGCGCAAACCCAUGGAGGAAUGUGAUUUUCUUUUUU